CGAUGCACGUUCUACAAUUAUUUCACAGGAAUUGCUAUUGUACUUAUGGGAGUCAGCGGUGCUGGAAAAUCAACGAUAGGUGCAAUGCUGGCAAACGAGAUAAAUGGUACCUUUCUUGAUGCCGAUGAUUACCACCCACAGUCAAACAAAGACAAAAUGAAGAAUGGCAUCCCUCUUUCGGACAAAGACCGAAUUCCUUGGCUCGAAACUCUGCGUGAUGCACUGAGGGCUAGCUUGGUGGAUGGCAAAACCGUGAUUCUUGGAUGUUCUGCUUUGCAGAAGCAUUACAGAGAAAUUCUUAGAAGCGGGGACCCACAUUACGUACCCGGUUCUUAUGUAUGUGGUGUAAGAUUUGUUCUGUUGAGUGUUGGUGCUCAAGUGCUUGCCGAUCGGCUGGAGCAAAGAGCGAAAGAAGGGAGGCAUUUCAUGCCAGCUCAGCUCUUGAAAUCCCAAUUGGAUUUGCUGCAGAUUGAUGAAUGUGAAGGAAUAUUCCAAGUUGAUGCUUCGUUAGAUCCUCGUCACACUCUGAAAACGGUACGAGCUUUGCUGCAGAUGGAUGGAUAACGAACGCAAUCGGGUAAUGCUACAAAAUUGUAUCUUUGGAAAGUUGACGUAUAACAACACGAUGUAGUCGAAAAACAAAAACAAUAUUCAUUUCAUUUGAUUGAAGUACCGAAUUAAUCAAAAGAAAUGAUAAAAAAAACAUAUAGAAAACGAAAAAUUAUGAUAUAGAGAAUAAAAUACAUCAUCUGAACUAAAUGGUACAAUUAUCUCGUCCGAUCCACUCAGAUCCUUAAUACUAAACUUAGUUAUCAA